AUGAGGAGGGAAUGUCCUGAGGUGACAGUCAUCCACUUUGUGUCAGACGGCCCAACCUCCCAAUACAGAAAUAAAACCAACUUCUAUCUGGCAUCAACCGUCCCAUUCAUGAUGGGAUUCCAACACGUGACUUGGAAUUUCAGUGAGGCGUCACAUGGGAAAGGUGCUCCUGACGGAGUGGGAGGAGCCCUGAAAAACCUGGCUGACCGUAUUGUUGCCUAUGGAACCAGUAUUCCAGAUGUGGACACAUUGCACCACCAGCUUGAUGCCCAGUCCUCAGUACACAUCUUCAAAAUAACAGAGGAUGAUAUAAAUCGAAGCAGUGAAUUGGUUCCACCAAGCCUGAAGGCAUUGCCUGGAACUAUGAAAAUGCAUCAGCUGAUGUCAUCCAGUCCAGGGGAGGUGAAGACCAGGGAGCUUUCCUGUUUCUGUGAUGGAGCUUGCGAAUGUUACGGUGUAAGAGAAUUUAGCUUCAGGGAAAAGGAAACGGUGCUACAAAAUAAAGGUGGUGGAGGCACCACUGAAGUGGCACAAAAGAAAGGUGGUGGAGACGCCACUGAAGUGGCACAGAAUGAAAUUAGUGAAGACACCACCGAAGUGACGCAAAAUGAAAUUAGUGAAGACACAAUUGAAGUGGGAACAUGGGUCUUGGUGCAGUAUGAUGGAGAUCUAUUCCCCGGCACUGUCACUCAGAUUUCAAAUGGCCAAUAUGAGGUAGACACUAUGACGGCUAUUGGGGAGAACAAGUUCUACAUUCCAACUGUGAAGUUCCCAGGCGAUAAAGUCUGGUACUUCCAAGACGACAUCAAAGCCAUCAUCCCCGACCCCCUACCUAUCACAUCAUCUGCAAGGCAUUUCUGUGUCUUGCCAGAAAUUUGGAAUAAACACAGCAAGAAAAAUCCUUUUAGAAUAUGAAAAAACAACUGUCAGUUUACUUGCUGUAGUCUGUUACAGUUAUACAACAGGCCUUUCCCUACUUCCCAAACUUGGGAAUAUGUGGUUUUAA